AUGAAUUCUAAUCAAUUCCAUGAAGAUGGAGAUCCUUAAUAAUAAUUUCUUGAAGUAUUUAUAGAAUAUUUAAAUCUUAGGCAUUUUAAGAAUUAUUAGAUAUUUAGAAUUAGAGAAUACAAAAUGGAAAUGACUUAAUAAAUUAAUAUUGUCCUCAACUACUCUACCCAAUAAUUGUUCCAACUUAAAUACCAAAUACAUUUAUAGUAACUUAUAAUUUUAUAAUAGAUCAAUAUGGGUCCAUAUUACCCUCAUAUUUAAUAACCUUAAUUGCAUCCAUAGAUUAAUUAAUAGUAAAGAACACCACAAUAACCUUAGUAAAAUAUAAAUUAAAAUCGACCAAAUAUAAAAGAAGAAGAGCUAGAUGAUAAUAAAUAAUUUAAAGGAAAUUGGCUGCAAUAAAAAAAAUAAUGAA